CUUUAAAAAAUCGUUUCCACGGUACAUUUUAACAUUUUUUUAAAGAAGAAUAAUAGUGGAAAAACAAAUAUUAGUAAAUAAUGAGAUAUCACGUGCAUGUCACGGAGUUGAUUGGGGAGUGGGGGCAGUUGCGGCGUGGCAUCCAUUUAUCCACCUACUUGCAAGAAACGUGGUGGGGCCCAUUGCACAUGGAAAGGACGCGUGGUGUGGGCCCCCCUCCUCCUACCGAGUGAAAUUACAAACAGCUUAAAAGGCCUAACUCCACAAUAUCAUCGCCGCCACGUGCGGUGUCGGGGGUCAAACUUUUCAAAUUCAAAAUCACCGUCCAACGUGUCAGUAUCCCAUUUGUCCAAUGACGUGUGAGUUGCUCCUCAUUGGCCCAUGGCUUUGUUAAGGUCGUUGAGUUAGGGCAGGCCAUUGCGUACAUUGGCCGCCCUCCUUUACCUCCCAUGGAAAUUGCCAACCACUCUUCCCGUUAUACCCUCGCAUUUUCUAGUUAUUCUGACCGUCCGAUUUCACUAAUACGCUUUCUGUACGACGCUUGAGUAGAAUAAUACACGCGGGUUCACAGAAGAAGGGUGGGAUGCUACUCCAGAGUAUAAUAAAAUGAUGGAAAAAUAAAAUAAAACAAAAGCAAAAAAUGGACAUCCCUUCGUUGCCACCCAAAAACCCUCGGUAUAGUGAUAAUAUAGGCAAAAGAAAGAGAGAGGAAAGGCUCUCUCUCCCUCUCCUCCUUUCUCUUCUCUCUCUCUCUCUAGAAAAUAUUUAACAAAAAAAGAAAAAUAUUUUUUUAAAGGCCUUCUCUCUCUAUCUCUCUAUCAAACCCCUAGCCCUUUUGUUUGUGGGUAUUCAUCGCAAACUUUGGUAUCUCUAGAAAUGGAGUCUUUGGACCCAGCAGCUUGUUUCGUGGACGACCUUCUGGACUUCUCGUCGGACAUAGGCGAGGACGACGACGAUGACCACAAAAGGAGAACCCGUUCUUCUUCUUCCCUCUUAGUUGGUGGUCAUAGCCGUUCACUCCCUGUAAGUUUCCCUCUCCUUUGCUAGGGGACCGAGUUUGCUGUUGAGCCGGACGAGUCCGGCCUGGGUUUCCUCAUUUCGGGGCUGGGUUGGCGUAUUUUUUAGGGUUUGGUCCGAGUUGGCUCAGCCGAGUCACGAGUGAGCCUCCCCUGUGUGACGGUGACACGGCCGAGUCGGAACCAAACGCAUUAAAUGGUGGUGCGAUUUUUUUCUAAACGCGCAGGCGCAGGCCGUGUUUGUGAAGGGGGGCACCACGCCUCCACCUUUGUGUGGGCGUACUUACGAUAUUGUCCCUGGGAAACCCUAAGGACACCGAAUGACCACUAAGCCACAUGCGUUUCCUUUUUUUGUUUUUGGAAAUAUUAAAUGUGGAGAUGGCCACCAUCUUUAUCGCUCUGAGCUGUCAGUCACAAAAUCAGAGCUGUACAAAUAAAUGUGCAAGGAGAUUCUUUCUCUUUCAAACCUUUCUUAGGGCCACCAUUUCAAUAUUUUUGCUUUUGGAUCCUCCUGUCGAGGAAGAGCUGGAAUGGUUGAACAAAGACGUCUUCCCGGGCGUGGAGACAUUCCUGGACUAUCUUCCAACGAGCGUGGAAAACAUUCCCAAGCAGCAGAGCCCAAUUUCGGUGCUCGAGAACAGCAGCCACAGCAGUAGCAGCAAUAACAGCAACAGCAGCACCACUACUAUCAUGAGCUGCUGCGAGAAUUUCCGAGUGCCCAGCCGGGCAAGGAGCAAGCGCCGCCGCAGGCGCCACAAGGACUUCUCGGACAUCCCGGGCCAGCCGUGGUGGUGGUGGAGUAGCCAGGGUAACACCAACGCCAACCACAGCAGCCCUACCAAUAGCAAACAAACAAUUACAAGCUCUACAAUUGGGAGGAAGUGCCAGCAUUGCCAAGCGGAGAAAACCCCCCAAUGGCGGGCAGGCCCCCUCGGCCCCAAAACUCUCUGCAAUGCUUGCGGGGUGCGGUACAAGUCUGGCCGCCUCGUGGCUGAGUAUCGGCCGGCGAGCAGCCCGACUUUCUCAAGCAAGGUGCAUUCUAAUUCGCACAGGAAGAUUAUGGAAAUGAGGAAGCUGAAGCAGAGGGAUGUGGUGGUGAGGCCUUGUGGAUAAUUUGGUGGUUAGGGGAGUGAUGGGUAGGUUUCAGAUUUUUUUUUUUUUUUUUUUGGUUUUUGUUUUUGUUUUCCCCUUUUAGCUUAGUUAGAGAUUAGGGUUUGUUGUAAUGGGAUAGUGCAAAAUCUCUGUUUGGAUUCCGAAAAAUCCAAAGGAGGAAUUUUGACAUUAGUGUGUUUGGUUAUGUUUUAGAAUUAGAACCAAAAAAAAGAAGAAAGUGUUUCGGUUUUGUUCA